UGCCGGACCGCGGCUUCACGUCUGGGCUGCCACGGAUUGGCUCCCUCUGAGAGCAUUCCUGUUCAGGGACGGGAAGCGUGGACCGUGCACAGCUGCAGGUGGCCACGUUUGGCCCAAACUUCCGGUGUAAACCUCACCACAUCCCGCGUCUGAGGAUUUGCAAGCCACAGUCGCUGAAUGAUUCCGUCAUCAAAAGCAGAGAAACCACCUUUGCAUCCUUCUUCGGAAUUUUUUUUUUUUUCCUUCUUCGGCUUCUCACGUGACUGCCCUUACUCAUAGUCUUGCGCAGGUGGAAGGCAAGGUUGGAGAGCUUUGAGGACUUCAUGGAACCCAGAGAAACCAAGAGAAAAGCUGAGAAUAUAGAGGUAGCUGAGCCUCGACACAAAUCCCUCCACUCAGCACCCUCACUGCCCACAGAGCCUGCCCUCUACUCUGGACCCUUUCCUUUCUACCGGCGCCCUUCUGAACUAGGCUGCUUCUCCCUGGAUGCACAACGCCAGUACCAUGGAGAUGACCGAGCCCUCCGCUACUACAGCCCACCCCCUACCAACAGUUUAGGCCCUGACUUUGACCUCAGGGAUGGAUAUCCUGAUCGAUACCAGCCCCGCGAUGAGGAGCUCCGGGAGGGGCUGGACCACUUGUUACGCUGGCUUCUGGAACACCGAGGCCAGCUGGAGGGGGGUCCACGCUGGCUGGCAGGGGCCGUAGUGACAUGGCGGGGGCAUCUGACAAAAUUGCUGACCACACCUUAUGAGCGGCAGGAGGGCUGGCAGCUGGCAGCCUCACGGUUCCAGGGAACACUGUACCUGAGUGAGGUGGAGACGCCGGCUGCUCGGGCUCAGAGGCUUGCUCGGCCACCCCUCCUCCGGGAGCUUACAUACAUGGGCUACAAGUUUGAGCAGUACAUGUGUGCAGACAAACCUGGAGGCUCCCCAGACCCCUCUGGAGAGGUCAACACCAAUGUGGCCUUCUGCUCUGUGCUACGCAGCCGCCUGGGAAACCACCCUCUGCUCUUCUCUGGAGAAGUAGACUGUACAGACCCUCAGGCCCCAUCCACACAGCCCCCUACCUGCUAUGUGGAACUCAAGACCUCCAAGGAGAUGCACAGCCCUGCCCAAUGGAGGAGUUUCUACAGACAUAAGCUCCUGAAAUGGUGGGCUCAGUCGUUCCUCCCAGGGGUCCCAAAUGUUGUUGCCGGGUUCCGUAACCCAGAGGGUUUCAUCUGUUCCCUCAAGACCUUUCCUACCAUGGAGAUGUUUGAACAUGUCAGGAAUGACCGUGAUGGCUGGAAUCCCUCUGUGUGCAUGAACUUCUGUGCUGCCUUCCUUAGUUUUGCCCAGAGCACAGUUAUUGAGGAUGACCCCAGGCUUGUCCACCUCUUCUCUUGGGAGCCUGGUAGCCCAGUCACUGUGUCUGUACAUCGAGAUGCACCCUAUGCCUUCCUGCCCAUGUGGUAUGUGGAAGCCAUGACCCAGGACCUCCUGUCACCCCCUAAGACACCUUCUCCCAAGGACUGAUGCUUCGGAGGGGCUGAUCCUGUCUCAGUGAAGAUAAUAAAGCAUAUUUCUAAG